AUGGCCGCCCGUAUCUUGUCUAUCGCUGCUUUGGCUGCCUGCGCGACCGCCGCUGCCGUUGCCCGCGAUGAGUCCUCCGGCUCCGUUCCUGGCGUUCUCUCUCUGCCCGUCUACCAAGACAUCAGACUGCACCCUCUUGACAAGCUGAGAAGACGCCAAGUUUCCGAUACCGACGUCCCCGUUAUUAAUGUUACCUCGACAACGUAUCUCAUUGAGCUUAUGAUUGGAACCCCCGGUCAAGACACUAAGGUUGCCAUCGACACCGGAUCCUCAGAGCUUUGGGUGAACCCCAACUGUGCUAGAGCUGGCAGCACCCAGCAGGCUCAGGCCUGCCGCGCCAACGGACAAUACGAUCCUUCCAACUCCAGAACCUCCUAUGAGUAUCAGCAGACAGGUCGCAUUAGAUAUGGAAAGGGAGAGGUGGCGCUGCAAUAUGUCCAUGAUAACAUCACACUUCCCGGCAGUGAUAUUGCCCUCUCGCAGGUCAUUUUCGGCUAUGCUACCGACAGUGUCGACCUUGACAGGGGCAUCCUCGGUCUCAGCUUCGGAGAGAACACGAACACCACCGGCUAUCCCACCGUUGUCGAGGAGAUGAAGGCUCAAAAAGUCAUCGAUUCUUUGACCAUGGGUAUCGCUCUGGGAACCAAGGAUGAGCCUACUGGUAGCGGUCUCAUCUCCUUUGGUGGCGUUGACACCAAGAAGUUUAGCGGCAACCUGCACUCCGCCCCUAUUCUGGGACCCCAAAACAACGAGAGACUUUGGAGAUACUGGGUGCAGCUCGAUUCCGUUGCAUUGAGCAAGUCUGGCAGCAAGUCGACCACCUACGCCAAUUCCAGAUUCCCCGUCUUUUUCGACACCGGUGCCACUCUCAGCUACCUGCCCUCGGCAGUUGUUGACGCGCUCGGAAAAGACCUGGGCGGCCGCAUCGACUCUUCUGUGAACAUGUAUGUUGUUCCGUGCAAGCAGCAGGGCACUAUCGAUUUCACUUUUGGUGACUUCACCAUGAAGGUGCCUUUGUCUGAAUUCAUCUGGGAGGUCGCCGAAAACGCCUGCGUGCUCGGUGCCGACAAGGCCAGCGACGGCUCUUACCUACUGGGUGAUUCUUUCCUUCGCUCCACAUACGUUGUCUUUGACCAGGAGACGCCUGCUCUCCACUUCGCUCCGUAUGUCAACUGCGGUACCAACUUGCAUAAGAUCCCCCUCGGCAACAAUGCGGCCGCCAAGUUUGCGGGCGAGUGCCAGGCUGGCUCGAGCAACAGUGGCAACAGCGGCAGUGGCAACGGCAACGGCAAGAACGACGCUGGACGGGCUUCCGUCAGCGCAUUCUGGCCUGUGGCGGCUGCGCUAAUGACCGUCCAAGUCUUCAUGUCUCUCCUUUAA